AUGGGAAGGAAGAGUUAUUUUUCACCGCUUGAUCCGUAUGCAACCGACUUGAAGAAUGUUUACCGGGCACAUUUGAUAGAAACUGUAAAGGGAAUUGCUCUCAGAAUUGUGGAAAACCAGGAUAAUGUUAUGCAAGAACGGGGGCGUGUGAAGGGGGGUGCCAGCCCGGCUGGGAGGGGCCACAAUGUGAGAGGGUUUGCAAAAGGAAGUACGGUGAGAAGUGUUCCAAAGUGUGUAAAUUUUGUCGGAAUUCUGCCUGUGAUCCUGUGGAUGGAUUCUGUCUACAGGGAUGUACCGAGGGUUAUCAGGGACCUCUCUGCAACGAAGUAUGUAAUGCUGGAUUUUAUGGCAAUAAUUGUAAAAAAGAGUGCAGCCUCUUCUGCAAGACAUCACGUGACUACCAUCACGUGACCGGAAAUUGUAAAGACAGAUGUAUA